UUGUAAUCUAGUAUUGUUGGUGUUUGCUUAAAAUGGAGCGAAAACAAAUGAAUUUUCCCCCAGAAACAUAGUUUUCGUUUUAAUAAACGGGUUUUUCAAGUUAUUUUAUGUUGUUGAGACAUCAGCCGAAGAACAGUUACAGCUGUUUCAACAUAUUGGGGAGUCAUGUAAUCUAUAGGCUCUGUAUGUUUGUUAUCUAUGGAUGCCAAUGCCUUCGCAGGUGCUGUCAAAGUUUAAUUAUCAAACUAGGCCAAGUGCUUGCAGCGAUUUCUCGCUCGAAAGUCAUCGUAUAAAAGUGAGAGACAGUCUCCGAUGAAGCAUCAGUUCAAUUCGUACUUUAAAGCCAAAUACAAUGAAGAUCAGUCUUGCGUUCAUACUCGUCGUAUGCACCUGCGUCUGCAUGACCCAUGCAUUAGGCGGCGGCAGCAGCGAAGGAUUCGACUACAUCUGGGGUGCCAGGGUGGCUGCCAGCACACUGAUCGCACGCGAGGUAGUUUAUCGAAGCAAGACUCUGCUGCAGACAACAACAAAGUCGUAUACGCUGACCCAGGAUCCAACCGCGCCAAAAACUAUCCAGUACAUCGCCAUCACCAAUCUGAAGCGGAUGCGAGGCGCCACAGCUGAAAUUACUUCCGGCGGUGUGGGUGCAACCACGGUCACUAUCAAAUUUACCUCGUCCCGAGGCGGCGCUAUCAAGUCCCAGGUCGAAAUCUGGGGUGCAUAA